AUGAGUGAGUUAAAAGGCACCGUAUCUGAUGGGAUGAUUGGGUGUUUGCCGAGCUUGUUAAUGAUCGAGUCAGCGGGGUCCGACGAGUACGUGUUCAAUAGUGAGCAGUCCCUCGUAUGCACGCGUUCGCCGCCCACGCGGACUAUGUACGCGAGAGUGCUCCUGCUAGCUUCGGCCGCGCUGCUGGCGGCACCGGCGGCUAGCUCGCGCGCCGUGCUGCUCGCAGACAAUGACGACAGCGACAACGUGCCCUUCAUGAUGCUGCUGGAGCACGAGGACCGCUGGCAGUGCGCCGCGUCGCUGGUGUCGCGGCUUGCCGGGCUCACGUCCGCCGCGUGCGCGCGCGGGCGGGUGCGCGGCCAGCUGUGGGCGCUGGCGGCGGCGCUGGCGGGCGCGCGCGGGCCCGCGGCGCCGGGCGCGGGCGCGCGCCGCGUGCUGCGCGUGGCGCUGCCGCCGGGCGCGGCGCCGGGCCCGGCGGUGGUGGAGCUGGAGGCGCCGUUCGGCGCGGCGGCGCGCGCGCGGCCCAUCGUAGUGGCCUCGCGCGCGCCCGGCGCGGCGCAGUGCCAGGCGGUGCGCGCGGCGGCGGCACGCGGCGGCGCGGGCGGGCGCGCGCGCUUCCGCGUGGUGCAGCUGGCACUAGUGCGCUGCGCGGCGCCCGGCCUGCUGUGCCUGGAGGGCGACGAGAUGUGCGAGCGCGAUCUGGGCGGCGGCGUCGUGUGCGGCGGCCAACUGUGCGGCGUGCUGAGCGCGCUGCGCCCCGCCGCGCCCGCGGGCUGCGGCCGCGCGCUCGCGGCUCACAGCGUGGCGCGCUGGCGGCGCUUCCUGAGCUGCGCACUCACGCUGCGGCAGUGCGGACGAGGCGAGUGCGACGCCGACUGCGUCGAGUAUCGCCUGCUGCCGCCCGAGCCGGAGAGCGACACGCUGCCCACCGCCCCCGCGCCGCCCUCAGCGCCCGCGCCGCCCUCAGCGCCCGCGCCGCCCUCAGCGCCCGCGCCGCCCUCAGCGCCCGCGCCGCCCUCAGCGCCCGCGCCGCCCUCAGCGCCCGCGCCGCCCUCAGCGCCCGCGCCGCCCUCAGCGCCCGCGCCGCCUGCAAACACCGAUAGUGCCGACGCCCCGCGCCUCCCCGCGCCGCCCCGCACGUCGCCCGCCUUCGACGAGGAGCGUGCGCCCGGCCCGCAGCCGUGGCAUGAGUUUGAGCCGAACCGCGCUGAUUUUAAGGCGGGCGAGUACGGCGACCACGCGGCUGAUUACGAUGACGCGCCGCCCGCCGCCCGCGCCGCUCUGCCCGCGCCCACGCCCACGCCCACGCCUGCCACUGCGCGCCGCGUCAAGUCCGCAGCACCACCAGCCACGAGUCCGCCCACGCCUGCGUCCGCGCACCGCGUCAAGUCUGCGGCGCCACUGGCCGCGAGCCCGCCGACAGCGGCGCGUGGUUUUCGCGGGCGCCCGGCCCGAGCGCAGCUGCUGCUCCCGUUUGUGACGGCGUUUUUAAGAAAAUAA